AUGGAUUCUAGCAGAGGAGUGUCAGGGAUUGGCUUUGAUAGCGAAACUGGUAUGUUUCAAGCGUCUGAUGAGUGGUGGGACAAGAUGGAAUCGACAAAUAAGGCGUGUGCAAAGUUUAGGAAAAAAACUUUGGAACAUCGCGAGUUGAUGGAGACGAUCUUCACAGGGGCAUUAGCUACUGGUAAGCACCAUUGGACCUCGAGAGAGAAAGUUGUUGAAGCUGCCGAUGUCUCAUCCAAUACUGUGGACAAUAUCGAAGCGCAACUAUUUGUUGAUCUGAUACCCACACGAGCACAGGACGUGGAUUUGGAUUCUUCAAUCGAACCAGUUCUGUCUGUUAAUGAAAAAAGGAAACAAACUCCGUCAACAAGUUGUGGAAAGUCGAAGAAGGCAACAAGUGGAGCGUCAAUUAUUCCAGAAAGCAUGAACAAUCUGACAAUUAUGGUUCAUACGCAGAAUCAACAAGUUACAGUCAGGCACCUCACAGGUUCACUGUUUGUUUAUUUGAUAUCAUUUUACAUGUAA